AGCUGCGUGCUGAUAUUGUGCCUAAAACUGCGGAGAAUUUUAGAGCUCUUUGUACUGGCGAAAAGGGUUACGGCUAUAAGGGUUCAACCUUUCAUCGGGUCAUACCCAAUUUCAUGUGUCAGGGUGGAGACUUUACCGCACACAAUGGCACUGGUGGAAAAUCGAUUUAUGGCAACAAAUUCGAUGAUGAAAAUUUAAUAUUGAAACAUACAGAACCGGGUAUUUUGUCUAUGGCCAAUGCUGGACCAAAUACAAAUGGCUCACAGUUUUUCAUUACCACUGUUAAAACUUCCUGGUUGGAUAAUCGUCAUGUUGUUUUUGGUAAAGUGAUAGAAGGUAUGGAUAUUGUGAAGAAAAUUGAAGCAAUGGGUAGUCAAUCGGGUAAGACUGUUAAGACAAUUGUUAUCAGUGAUUCUGGACAACUUCAACAUUAAGAAUUAUUUUUAAUAAACAAAAUAAAAAACAAUUAUUAUUUUAUCUA